CCGCCCGGGAAGGGAAGCGGAAGGCGCGGCGGCCGCGGCGCUUCCCUGGGUGAUGUCGCCAGACCGGCGCCGACCGGGACCCUCUGUCCGGGCGGGGCUGGCGGCGGCUCUGCGGCUCUGCCCCACCUGGAAGACUCCAGUGAGAAUUGGAGUGUGACAAGUUAGCAGAGAAAGGGAAUUGUUGUUUCCAUCCCAUGGAUCCCUUGGGUGCUCCUUCCCAGUUUGUGGAUAUUGACACUCUGCCAGGCUGGACUGAUGCCUAUGAGGCCAAGCAGCUGGACUCCCACCAAAAUCCUGUUGGAAAGGCUCCAGUUGAUGUUAGAUCACCUUUUCCAUACAGGAAAGACAUCAACGAAAAAAUAAUCUUAUGGAAAGGAGAUGUCGCGUUAUUGAACUGCACGGCCAUUGUAAAUACCAGUAAUGAGUCUCUCACCGAUAAGAAUCCAGUAUCUGAAAGUAUAUUCAUGCAUGCUGGGCCUGACCUGAAGGAUGAACUCCAGAAGCUCAAAGGUUGCAGGACAGGCGAGGCUAAACUCACCAAAGGGUUUAAUUUGGCUGCACGUUUCAUCAUUCACACAGUGGGACCCAAGUACAAGAGCCGGUAUCGCACAGCGGCUGAGAGUUCUCUGUACAGCUGUUACCGCAAUGUCCUGCAGCUCGUAAAGGAACAGGCAAUGUGCUCUGUAGGAUUUUGUGUCAUUAACUCUGUGAAAAGAUGCUACCCCUUGGAGGAUGCAACCCACAUAGCACUGCGCACAGUUAGAAGGUUUCUGGAGAUUCAUGGAGAGACUCUGGAGAAGGUGGUGUUUGCUGUUUCUGAACUUGAAGAGGCCACUUACCAGAAGUUGCUGCCUCUAUAUUUUCCAAGAUCGCUGGAAGAAGAGAUACAAUCCUUGCCUUACCUCCCUGCAGAUAUUGGCAAUGCGGAAGGGGAGCCUGUAGUGCCAGAGCGGCAGAUCAGGAUUACGGAAAAGCCGGGUGUUCCAGAUGAUGCUUCAGAUGAAGAGGGUCUGGAGGCAGAUUUGUCUUUCAUUGGUUCCCAUGCUUUUGCCCGCAUGGAGGGAGACGUUGAUAAACAGAGACGCCUCAUCCUUCAGGGACAGUUGUCAGAGGCAGCACUGCAAAAGCAGCAUCAGAGGAAUUAUAAUCGCUGGCUGUGUCAGGCAAGAGCUGAAGACCUCUCUGACAUUGCUUCUCUCAAAGCCUUGUACCAAACAGGUGUAGAUAACUGUGGCCGCACAGUGAUGGUGGUGGUUGGAAGGAAUAUCCCUGUAACAUUGAUAGACAUGGAAAAGGCUCUCCUAUAUUUCAUCCACGUCAUGGAUCAUAUUGCAGUGAAGGAAUAUGUCCUGGUGUACUUCCAUACGCUCACAAAUGAUUACAAUCAACUAGACUCUAAUUUCUUGAAGAAACUCUAUGAUGUUGUUGAUGCCAAGUACAAGAGGAAUUUGAAGGCACUGUAUUUUGUCCACCCAACAUUUCGUUCAAAGGUUUCAGCAUGGUUUUUCACAACCUUUACAGUCUCAGGGCUAAAGGACAAAAUCCACUAUGUGGAAAGCCUUCAGCAGUUAUUCGCAGCCAUACCCCCAGAACAGAUCGCUCCCCCUUUUGUCCUCGAGUAUGAUGCCAGGGAAAAUGGGCCUUACUACUCUUCUUAUCCUCCAUCCCCUGACUUGUGAUCUGCAGUCCUGUGAUGCUGCCAGUUUCCCAUUGAUCCAAUGACCUGAUGCCUGCCAAAACCUGUGCAUUUGCCCAUGUACAGAAUUCAGAGAGAGGGUUUUCCUUCCCCAGCUCUGGUAUUUUUUUACUGAUGAGAUAUUUUCAAGCACUCAAGCAAUCAGAGAACUUUAUGCCACUGUGAACUGUACGACUAUUUCAAAUAUAUUUAUCCAAUGGAAAA